AUGUCUGUAAAACUUCUAGUUUUUUUCAGAUAACAUAAUUCUCGCUUGAAUGAACGACCUAGCAACAUCCCCUCUUCUCCAAGAACACCUCAUUCAAUGUGAACUUUUUAAGAAUAAAGUUUUAUUAGAAAAGCAAGUAAUAACGUGUGCAAAAUACGAUCAAAAGUAUGCACAAUCAUCGAGAAGACAUCGAUUAGAAGAAGUUUUUCCGGAACAUAUCAUUGGUUGCAAAUUUUUGCCCAAGGAGAAGGUAAGUAAAAUGUUUCAAAAAGUCUUCAAAAGUUCACUCAAAUUUUUCAGGCAAUAGUGACUGUAACAUCAAGAAAUACUUUAAAGAUCCAGAAAUCGUCGAACUCAGCAAUUGAGAAGACUAUCCAAUGCGAAUAUUUUGCCACGUCGUAAGCUUUGACUGACUCAUAGUCAAGGGAAAAGUUCUAAAAAUUUCCAGAAUUUGUUCCCUAAUUCUCGGCGAAUCCGUCAAGGAUCUGAGAGUGUUCUUUGGAAGUGUGAUUGGUGAUUUGAUCGAUUGGGAACCGAGUGUUCAAGCGGAGCCUAUCAAACGAGCCGGUCAUAAAGGAAUGAUCUUUUCAAUUGUCAGUGAUUCCUCUCGAGUUUUCACAAUUUCCGACGAUCGGACAAUCCGGAUGUGGUCUUUGAAAUCCAGAGAUAGUGAGCCUAUUUUGUAAGUUACCCAUAACCUGCAAUAGUCAAAAUCACCGGUACUCUUUUAGCACGGUCUUCGGCCAUACAGCCCGCCCGUUUACCAUUUGCGUGGAUCCCCACAAAAACCUGAUUUACACGGGCGGCAUCGAGCAGACCCUCUUCUGCUGGAAGUACGACGAGGAAAAGAUUAAACUCGUGAAGAAAACUGUGCUUUCGAUUGGAGUCAUCCGGAAGAUUACUCAGGAAGAUGAGUCCACUCUGAUAAUCAGCUCCCAAGACGGAGAUAUCAUGAAGAUUGACUCGUCAGUUGAAGCGGAGUCUCCAACUGUUUUGACCGAGAAUAUUGUGAAUUUCGCGCACGUCAAGGAUUAUCUAUUGAUUUUGAGUGAGAGAAACGAACUGAUUGUGUACGAGAACGACGGAAUGGAGAGAAUUGUGUUUCGAUGUGCCGGCAUCAAGCACAUGAGCUCUUGCGAUCAGUCGGCUGUAGUGUGGAAUCAGAGUGUGUUCGUGUUCCUCAAUGGAUCACAUGGUAAUUCUUUUACUCAAAUUGUGUUCAAAGUCCAAUAUUCAGUGCAUAGGAUACAAUUGUCGGUGAACAUCAUUUCGGCGGCGUGUGACGCUUCCUGCGUAGCUGUGAAGACCAUCGAUGGAUUCAUAGUACGCUGAUUCUUUAGACUUAAAUUGCUGAGUUUUUUUAGAACGUGUACAAUCUCGAAGAUCCGGUCAAUGUGAAGCUUCUAAAGCAGUUCCGGCCAUCCAAUCCGGCAAUGAUUCCGUCAGUUUUUGCAUUAAUCGGAGACAGCCUCGUGCUGGGAUCAACUCACGGAGAGCUUUUUCAUGGAUUUUUGAGCGACGAGAUUUCGCCGAGUUUGAGCCGGAAGGACUCAUUCCAGUUGUUCGGAGGGAAAGAAGUCACUUGUAUCGAGCCGAUCCCGGGAACAUCUGCAUUUAUGACUCUCGGAAAGACUGGAGUGUGGACAACUUUCAACAUUUCUGAGGAAAACGAAGUAAAAAUUUUGAAUUCGAGAAACUUUUCCGCGAGUAGUCGAGUGGCAUGGCCUUCCAAGUUUAUCGAUAUGGACGGCAAUCGAGUUAUCGUGGGAUUUUAUGGGGUAAGUGAUUUGCUUAUGAAAGCUUGGGCCGACGAGAAUGAAAAUAGAUCUUUCGUAACCUUUUCAAAUAGAACAUGCCACUUGAAACCCGCCUCAAAAAUGUUAUGUCAAAUUAAAUUCGUUUUUCUGACGUGGCCUGUCGGGUUUGUGGAAAUGAAAGGCAAUGAACCUAGUAGAUCGGUGUAAUUUUAGACAUCGCUGAUACUGUGGAACUCAACAACCGGGAAUCCAGUAUUCGAGACGUACUGCGGAGGCGGGCAUCGUGUUUGGCAAAUCUGCGAAUCUGUUGAUCCUUUGGUUCUACAUUUCAAUUUCAUUCGAGACGGAGAUCUGUGUCGUCAAAAGAUUUGCCUUCGCUCGAAGCAGCAUCUCGUCACAACUCCCCACUCUUCUCCGAUCGUUGCUACUGCCGGCUCUCGGAACUACCUGGUUACCGUAUCCCUGGACGGACACAUUUCGAUUGCCACUCCGGAAGCCAAAACUCUUCUGACAAUGUUCGCAGGGGAGAACUUGCUAUGUACGGAUAUCAAAGAAUACGGUGACGACGCGUACGUGACUACAGGAGGCGGAAAGUCGAAAAUGUCAGUGUGGAAGUUCCGGAGAUCGUCCUCAGAUCUUCAGAAUAACACAUUCUGGCUGCGUCACGCGUGCCGUGCCGACGAAGGCCGCAUUGUGAGCACGAGCGUAGCGAAAGUACGUGGGAGCAUCUUCUUUAUCGCGUCAUAUUCUUCGGGAACAAUAGAAGUAUUCAAAAACGGCGAGGAUUCUCUGGACUCUGUAUUCACAAUUGAAAUCGAGGAUUUGCUGGGAAUCGGAACAAAAAUGACCGCUUUGGAGCAGAAGCUGUUUGUGGGAACGAGUGGCAGCUAUCUGCUCACUUUUGAUCUGGCAGAAAACGGAACACUGGAAAAAUCUUCAAGAACAAAGCUCAAGGACAGAAGUGGAGUGACGGCUAUUGCUGCAGCGUCUGGUGCACAAAAUAUUAUUGUUGGCUGUGAUUCGGGUCACGUCUUCAACGUGGAUUCCAAUGGCCACGCAGAAAUUAUUCAUUCACAUCUUUCAACCGUCGUCGGAAUCGUCGCAGAGCAGCCGGAUCUCGCGCACUCCGUUUCUCUCGAUUGUACAGUGAUCACUUCCACGUCAUCAGGAUUUUCGAAGAAAGCAACAAUCGUGGAUAUGCCCGGCGGAAUGGUGAAGACUGGAGACCGUUCCUUGGCAGUUGUUGGCGAUGGGAUUCAAUUGUUCUUGUUGUAA